ACGAUGGAGAAGAAAAGCUACAGAUUUUCUAAAGAAGAAAGAAAUUUUUGGAUCCUGGAUGUAUUGAUCAAAUACGUUGCCCCGACGGCAGUAAGGAAACGUUUUGAUGUUAUUAUUCCUCAAGCUGACCUUGCUAGAAUUCUCAACAGUAAUAUCAGUGUCAUUCAAAAUCUUAUUAGUAAAAAGGUCAUCAAUGUACAUCAGCAAGGAAUUCUACAAGGUGUUCCGGGUUUUAGUAUACCAGCAGCAAUUACAGUACCGACUUCGAAGAAGACAGCAACUUCUUCCACCGACUUUGACACUACCUUGAUGAUAUGCCUUCUUCGAAACUUAAAGCUUGUGCAAGAACCUACUACCGGAUGGGAUAGACUUCCACCUGACAGCGACAACUCCCUAGGAGCAAAUUUGACCAGAAUCAAGGUGUACAGGAACAAACUAUCUCAUCCUUCAAAAAGUCGAAUUAAUGAAAACUCAUUUAACAAGAUAUGGUCUUCCCUAAAAGUGGCUUUGAGUGAAAUAAGUGAUGGAGAAACUGACGCCAUUGUUCAUGGUAUUGAAAGGUUUGAUUUGGAAGGAUCAAAUAAAGAGGAGUUACUAUGCAGGAUUCAACAGGAAGUCCAUGAAUUGAAAAACGAGUUGCAAUUUCAUCGUAACUUAAGAGAAAAUACGAUGAACUUAGUAGAAAAAUGGAAGACUGAGACAGAAGUGUUCUAUAAAACCAGGGGUACGGAGGAAGUAUUGGAGAAGAUCAAAACAAAAAACAAUGUUAUGAUUGUAGGAAAUUCUGGUACGGGAAAGACAGCAACAAUGAAAUAUGUAUCUCUCCUGCUCGAGAAAGAAGGCUAUGAAAUUUUUCCCAUUAGCUCUGCUAACGAUAUUUUCUUCCAGAGAUUCAGUGGCCGAAAGCAACUUUUUAUUAUCGAUGAUAUCAUUGGUAAAUACAAAGUUGAUAACAUCGCCCUAGAAUUAUGGGAAAAAACAAAUAAUCGGCUUGAAUUAAUAUUUAAGGGUAAAGACGCCAAAAUGAUAUGUACCUUGCGAAGAAACUUACAAAAGGAAAUUGGUGAACUUUCUAUUUCGGCGGUUUUUAAUUCAACUAUUGUUUACCUUGGUUCCAUUGAUUUAGCGCUAUCUCUUAAUGAAAGAAAAGGAAUCUUUACAAAAUACAUGUUGGAACAAAACAGACAGGGUGACAUUGGUACAGAGGAAAUAGAGAUGAUCUGUCGUUGUAAUUAUGCAUUUCCUUUGUUAUGUGAAUUGUUUUUCUCGAAUUCUGAAUUUUUCAAAAGGAAAGCUAAGUUUUUUGACAAUCCAUCUAUCAUUUUUCGAGAAGAAUUAGACCGCCUACAAAAGAAAAAUAAUGAGGUAUAUUGUGCUUUGGUGUUGAACGUGAUAUUUGUAAAGAAAACACUACAGCAAAUAUUUGAUAUCACCUGUGACUUACCAAGGAAAGAUGAUUUCUUCAAAAUUUUACGCGCAUGUGAAGUAUCAGAAACAAUUCCACGAAAACGUCUUUAUAGAAAACUUUUAUCAGUCUCGGGUUCAUUUGUCCGAUCAGACGAUCCUUUUGUGUUCAUCCAUGAUAGACUGGAAGAAUCAAUUACCUAUCACUUUGCUUCAUGUUAUCCAGAAAUCAUGCUUAGUUGUUGUAAGCGCGAAUUUAUACUGGAAAGGGUUCGAAUUCAUAAAUGUCAUGAGGACGAUGACAAUGUUUUAAUAAUAGAGCGUUCAUUGUAUAGAUCAUUUUCGAAAAGAACUCUGGCAGAAAUUGUAGACGGAAAAUUUCGAGAUGUUCUUCUGAGUGAUCCACUACAAAACCGAGACUUCGUGAAUUACUUUAUUACUUUCCUCCAAGAAAGCAAUAUUUCUUUAAAUAAAUUGAAACAAUUACCAUGCUCAGACACGUUACCACAAAAAAUGCAACAGAUAGGUAAGGAUUCCGCAAAUAUUACAAACACAAACAGACUUGCCUUGCUAGAGGUCUUGCAAAGAAGAAAGAGCACAUUUAUUGAGUGGUUAGUUGCCACAGGAUGCUAUAUCCUAUUUUAUCACAUUUGUCAAAGUCCAAAGAAUAUCUUUAUACAAUUGUAUGAAAAUAUUUCAGUGGUUACUGAUCUCUUACAUUUGGCAGUUUUAGGUGAAAAUUUAGAUAUCAUCAAAUUACUCAUCUGCAAAGGUGGAAAGAUUAAAUCCUGCGACCGCUAUGGCAUACCUUUGCUGUGUAAAAUUGCAAAAACAAAUAAUUGUGAUAUUGCUAAUUUGUUAUUAGAAAACGGAGCUGAUAUUGAACAGAAAGAUGAGGUUCUGGGUUGGACUGCCUGCUUUGUAGCAACCUGGUUUGGUAAAAUUGAAAUGUUAGAUUUGCUGUUAAGCAAAGGGAGCGAUGCAAAUAGGUUUGAUCUUCAGCAAAGAACGCCACUAAUCAUUGCAGUGCUGAGGAAUAAUGAACAAGCUGUGUCUGUUUUGUUGCGCUAUGGCGCUUCAAUUUAUGAUCAGUUUCUUUAUUUUGACUUGUAUUUAGACAGAAGUUUUUGUUUUCAAGAGGCCUUGCUAAAUAAGAAUUCAAACAUUGUUCAGAUGCUUUUAGGUUCAGACAGAGGACAAAAUGAUCUUGUUAUUGGAUUUCCUCGUUGCAGCUUAUCUAAUAAAAAGGGAUUAAUAAAUGACACCUUGAAUUUGUUUUUAAAUCAUAUAAAAGCAGUCACUUCGGGAAGUUCUGUGUGGAAAGAUUUCGUUGAAAUAUGUGAGGCAAUUCACAGAAAUGAUAUUCAGAUGAUACAAAAAGUAUUCAACGAAAGUGGGAAGAGCUUUUAUCGCACUAGACUUCAUGGUAGGCACAAAAUUGUAUCCAAAACACAUCUUUUGGCAAAUUUUAACGGAAAUUAUCUGCGUCUAUCUUUGCUUCAUGUAGCAGCAUUAUUUGGUUCCGUAAAUGCUGCCAAGAUUCUAAUAAAAUUUGGAGCUAAUCCGUUCCAAAGAGAUUUCAGGGGGAGAACACCGUUUCAUCUAACAAGCAGUAGAAAUAUGAUUGAAACGCUUUUGAGUAGUAAAUUUGACCACUUUCAUGAAGGAAAAAUGUCAUUUUUGCACCAGUUAAUAAGAUUGUUACUUUUUCUUGUGUCUUUUAAAUUUAUACCUUCUGCUACCAGAAUGUUAGUAAGCUCUAGAAGUGGCAUAAAUUGUAUUGAUAUUAAUGGAAAUACUCCAUUGCACUCCAUGGUAAUGAGGAUGACAAAUGUUUCGGAAUGUCUUGAUGCUAUGGAAUCAUUAAUGCAGCACGGUGGAGAUCCGCGAAUACGAUGUGAAAGGGGUUUUCUUCCACUCGACCAUUUCAAUACCCAUUCUCUUUCUUUAGAUGAAAAUGAAUUGGAGAGAGGAGAAAAUAUGUUAGGUUGCCCAAAGACAAGGAACUUUAUAAAAAGGGAAAAAUGCUUUUUGUUUACGUUGGUCUUACUUUUCAUUUCAGUCAUGUUGUGGUUUUAUUUGAGAAUAGUUUUCAAUGAUUGUUUAGAAGUAGAAUCUGUUGAGAAGAAGGAGCAACUUGCUGAGGAAUUGAAAGCACAUCUUUAA